AUGAGGCUACUAAUUCAUGGAACUAGACUUGCUCGACAGACUGGUAUCCUCAACAUUAGAGGUCUCACUACUACUAAGAAAUGUCCAAAGCGCCUACCUAAAUGGGACAGAGGAGGUAGGACAGAUAGAGUUUCGGGAGAGGUGCGUGGAACCGAGGCGAUGGGUGCUUUGCAUACCUAUAUCAAACGCAUGAUUGACGAGCAUCCAAAGUACGUGUUCCUUACUCAAGUGGGAGGUUUCUACGAAUUAUACUUCCACCAAGCUGUGAAUUUUGGUCCCAAAUUAGGGUUGAGUGUUGCUUUCAAGAAAACCAGUAACCAUUCUAUACCAAUGGCCGGAUUUCCCUUGUCCCAGGUUACAAAGUAUACAGAGAUGUUGGUCCAAGAAUGUGGCGAAAUCGUUGCGAUUGUUGAUCAAGAUAAGAGUAUGGACAAAACGAAUCAGAAUUUGAUUCACAGGUCGAUAUCCAAAAUAAUUACCCCGGGAACCUUGGUGGAUGAAUCUUUCCUAAACCACAGCAGAAGCAAUUAUUUGGUUGCUAUUUCUUUUCCUUCAGGGGCCACCAAUAUUCCCGCAAAUCCGGACAUGUCCGUGGGGUUGACUUGGGUAGACGUUUCAGUGGGGGAAACUUUUGUACAGCAAACAACACUUGGAAGUCUAAUAUCAGACUUGGCAAGGAUAAAUCCCAGUGAAAUUUUAAUUUCAGAAGAGUACAAUGAGUCUAGUAUACCAUUGGUAAAAUGGCACCCGCCUUUGCAAGUGCUUCAAAGAUAUUGCGUGCGGUAUCACAAAUCACAAAGUUCUGGUUUGAAACCUCAAUUCAGGGCCAGUGUGCAAGCUGUGAGAAAAGCGUUCGAAGACUUGAGUAUGCAAGAGCAGUCGGCAUUGGUUAUGGCUUUGUCAUAUAUAAGCAAGAACUUGCCCAAAGCUGACUCACUUUUGGAUUUACCUACAAGGUACUACAAUGCAUCAACCCUUCAAAUGGAUUCAAGAACUAGAGAAGCUUUGGAGCUUACAGAUAGAGUGACAUCGGGUCGAAUUUCAGUUGUUGGGACUUUGCUUUCGUCAAUAAGGAGAACUUGCACCACUUCGGGUGCUAGGUUGUUGGCACAGUGGUUAAAGUCGCCGUUGUUGGACAUCGAGGAGAUAGAGAAGAGACAAAAAUAUGUCAAAACCUUCAUUAAGAAUCAGCAUUUGAGAAUUGGGGUCCAGCAACGUCUACAGAAACUUUCCGAUUUUGUGAGGAUUGCUCAAAGGCUAUCAGCUGGAAGGGGCGAUGACGUUGCGAAUUUGAAACUAGUCGCCGAUGCGUUGAACGAACUCCAGCAGCUAAAGGAUUUCUUGUGUGAAGUAUGUCGCGACAAAGAGAUGGCAUACAAGGUGAUUUCAGAUUUUGUCGGUGAUUUCCACGUACCUCGCGAUGUGGCUGAGUCAAUAUCGAAUGCCAUUGUUGAAGACGAGACAAUUAUGCUGGAAGUAGUAGAGGACACUGACUCAGAUGCUGGGAUUGCUGAUCCCGGCGACUCUUUUGAGAGCUACAAAUUAGAGGAGAGUCCAGAACGAGUGCCGACUUUUGGCAUUAGAAAAGAUUACAACUCAAACUUGUCUGUGUUGCAUAGAGACCUUGCACAGUUGCUAGAAAAGGAACAACAAUAUAUGAGUUCUUUACAGAGCACUCUUUCAACGUACAACCCAAAGGUGAGUGUUGUGAAGAAGGAUAAGUAUAACAGCUAUACCAAUAUCCUACAUAUCAGCGCAAACAAACAAAUUGCACAGAUUGCUGAUGUUUUGGAGUCUGAUAUUUCACACCGUUUCGCCAAAUCCUUUCUUUAUCAUCCUCCCAAUUGGACUGCAUUACAAAGCAAAAUUGAAGAUACGAGGGCGGCCAUUAAGCAGAGAGAAGACGAAGUGGUUCAGAAGUUGAAAGCGAAGAUGCUCAAUGAACUACCUUCAAUACGGUCCCUUUCAAAAUCCGUCGACUUUUUGGAUGUCACGGCAUCAUUUGCCGUCAUUGCCGAUGAAAACAACUGGGUGUGCCCAAAAGUAGUAAAAACACCAAAACUUGAAAUAACAAGGGGAAGACAUGUUACUGUUGAGUCGAGCUUAAAAGGGUCAGGCGAGAUGUUCACCCCCAACGAUACAAAGCUUGGGCUGAGCUCCAAAUUAUGGGUCAUUUCUGGCCCCAACAUGGGCGGUAAAAGUACUUAUUUACGGCAAAAUGCGUUGAUAAUAAUUUUAGCGCAAAUUGGAUCAUAUGUACCUGCCGAUAGUGCCACUAUUGGAGUUGUGGACAAGAUUUUCACCCGAAUUGGUGCAUCUGACGAUUUGUUCAAUGAUUUGAGCACUUUUAUGGUUGAAAUGAUCGAGACAAGUAAUAUUUUGCUCAAUGGUACAAAGCAUUCUUUCGCGAUAGUUGAUGAAGUGGGAAGGGGUACAAGUGGUAAGGAAGGUUUGGCAAUUGCAUACGCAGUAUUGGUGCAUCUCUUGACUAAAACUAAAUGUCGAACUCUUUUUGCAACACAUUUUGGCAAUGAGCUACGCGAUAUUCUUCAAACGAGAAACGUGGACCAGAAGUGUCUCGAGUUUUACAAAACUACGGCUUUCAAGUUUGAUUGCAAUUCGCCACUUCGUAUCGACCAUACAUUGGUGCCUGGCAUAAGUGACCGCUCCUAUGCAAUUGAGGUUGCUCGUAAUGCCGGGUUCCCCGUAGAGACUUUGGAGGAGAGUGAAGAAGUUUUAGAUUUGCUUUUAGCUACUUAG